GACUUAUUUCUUGGUUAAACAUGUAUAGUGAUCAAGAAAGAGAACAAUUUAGAAAUUAUGUGCGAGAUAUUUCAAAAGUGCAGCGUAAUCAUGUUGCUGAUCGCAUAGAAAAGCUUGCUUUUCAACAGAGCAAACCAUGGCAGUAUUUUAUUGGAUGCGUCAUGUUUUCAACCACAAGCGUUUUCAUGAUUUUCAAGCUGUACGGUCCUCGACAUAUUUUCAAAAAUAGCAUGUAUUACGCUCGUCCACUUCCUGCAGCAAUUAGUAUGGGUGUAGCGUUGUUUGGUCUCGUGUAUACAUGUCGUGGAAUGUUAAUACGCAAUCGCAUUUGCAUCAUGAUCGAGGAUUAUGAGUACGAGCUAAAGCGAAUCAAAGCUCACCAUUGUGAAGAGGGAGUUGAUCAGCUUGCGUGGCUAGAAUUUGUCAAAGAUGAGGUAAAACAGGAAUCUGAAGGUCGCUUUGAUUUUUCUAAACUGAAGGAGUAAUUGAGCACAGGGAAUGGGAAAAAA